AUGAAAAAAGAAAUUAAUGUUGCACUUGAUCUAUUAUGUUCGUAUGUUCAACGAUAUGGUUUAAUAAAACAAGAAGCUAUUGAACAAUUUCAUACACAACUUGAAAAAACUUUAUUGGAACGUUAUCAAGGACAUUGGUAUCCUGAUAAGCCUAUUAAAGGACAAGCUUAUCGUUCACUUGAAUUUAAUAAAGAAAAUGAUUUUUGUGAUAUUAUUGUUGCUGAAAUAUGUCAUAAAUUAGGUUUUACACCAAAAUUACUUGGUAUUCGACAUGAAUUAACAUUAUGGAUUGAUCCCUAUGAAGUUUCUAUAAGAUUGGGAAAUCAUGUAUGUCCAAAAGAUAAUCAACAAUUAAUUGUUGCUCGAUUUGAUAAAGAUGAAAAUGAACUUUUUCAUUAUGAUCUUGAUACAUUAUUAUCUCAAAGUCGUAUACCUAUGGUUAAUACAUUACGAACAUCACCAACAAAUUCUUCACCAUGUGAUUCAAUUAAUAAUUCCGGUGCUUCAACACCACAACGUACGUCAUCACCACCAUAUUUAGUAACACAACCAUCUAUGUAUAAUAAUGGUCCAUUAUUUACACCACCAAGAGCUUUAUCACCACAAGCACCAAUAUUUCAAAUGUCAUCAACAACUCCAAUUAAUGUUCCAUUACAAUCACAUCCAUUAGAAAAUAGUAUUAAUAUUGAUGAAAAUUUAUUUAAUGAAGAAAAUCAUAGUCAACCAGAACGUUCGGAUACACCACAUUCAGAACAUAGUACUACAUCUAAUGAAUCAUCGGAUAGUGGUUAUUGUGGUUAUGUUGAAAGUUAUCCAUAUUAUUAUAAACUCAAUCGUUUAUAUAAAGCAUUAGCCUUACAAAAAACUUCGGCAAAUCCACAAUCAAUACGUAAAGUUCCAAAUCAUCGUCGUGUACCACCUCAUAUCUAUCAACAACAAUUCAGAACUUCAUCACCUUUUUCUAUGUCUCCACCAACACCAACACCAAUGAAUAUUGAUCAAUUUACUCCUUUCUAUGAAGAUCAAUCAUUAUAUCCAAUAUCAACAGGUGUUAUUGGAAAUCGAAAAUCUAAGUAUUAA